AUAGAGAGGGAGAGAGGGAGUGCACGAGUUGGGUAGAAGGAGCGAGAAAAGGAGUGGAGGUGGUGGAACGUGUGACGGUGGUGCGCGCGCCCGCACUCGGUUUUCCCCACGUCUUCCGUCGUAGUUGUGUACCGGUGCCUGGUGGUGGUGGUUCGUAGUAGUGAGUGCUCUCGUGCUGUGUGCUCCAGGAAGCGGGUGCGCGACACAGGGAGGCCACGAGGAAGGCGAGAGAGAUACGCAUCACGCGCGGAACGCUGCGCUGGGAAGGGUUGGAGUCGACGAUUGGCGAGAAGGAGAGGGAGAGCGAGAGCAAAAGAGAGAGAGAGAGAGAGAGAGAGGGGAAGAGAAGGGUGCUGCACCCUCGACUUCGUCGUGACGACAUCGUCCGCUCGCGGGAUCGGUGCUCCUCCGGGCGAAGAGGGUGCGUUGCGCCCUGCGUAACCCACGGGAACCGCCGAUUGCCGGGACCGACGCAUCGGGAGGAUCACCAGGAGGAGAGACGCGGAAACGCGGGAGGAAGUGGGAAAAGGGCGACUCUUUCUCGGCAACAGCGGGGCGGCAGCAGUGAGCGGACGAUCGCGAGAUCCCGAGUGCGUGAGAACGCGGAUAUGACGAGCGGAUACGCCCGGCGGCUCACGUGAUACGCAACGCAAUCCGUCGUGCUUCGCCGCCGAGGAAGAUAUGUGGUCACGGAGGGAGCUUCGUAGCAGCCCAGUGCCGUAGCAUGCCGGCGAGCUGCAGCGCGUGGUGGGGCGCCUCUGAGACACCGCGUCGAUCGGCGUCAGCCGUCUGCGUGGCAAGGCAGCAGAAGCAGCAACAGCAACCGCUGGAGCGUCGCCGUCGAAGGAGAAGAAGGAGGCGAGAUCGUCGUCGGAGGGGAAGCACGGAGCUCGACACCAGCGACCGAUGAGCGCGGGGGGGGAUGGGGGCUCGGCACUGGGCCCCCCUGGGCUGCCGGGGGUCCAGCCGACUGCCGCGACCCCCUUCAACGCGACCCCCCCCGUCGUCGGUGGCGAUGUACAGCUGGGUAACGCACAGCCGCCGCAAUCGCAGACAGGUGCGGGCCCCGGAGCGGCCACCGCCGCCGCCGUCAAGUCGGCCCCGAAGAGACCCGCUAGACGGGGCGGCAAGCCGCCACCUGACAGGCCCAUCAGGGCGCUUUUCUGUCUGCCCCUCAAGAACCCUGUUAGGAAGUUGUGCAUCAGUGUCGUGGAGUGGAAACCUUUCGAGUGGCUCAUCCUUAUGACUAUAUUUGCGAACUGCGUCGCCCUGGCCGUCUACACACCGUAUCCUUAUGGCGACUCUAAUCAGACCAACCAAUACUUGGAGAAGAUAGAGUACGUUUUUCUUGUGAUUUUUACGGUGGAAUGCGUGAUGAAGAUCAUAGCUUACGGCUUCGUCGCCCAUCCGGGGGCUUAUCUCCGCAACGGCUGGAACCUGCUGGAUUUCACGAUAGUCGUGAUCGGUAUGGUGAGCACCGUGCUGACGAUACUCAUGAAGGAGGGUUUCGACGUCAAAGCCCUAAGGGCGUUUCGUGUUCUGCGUCCUCUCAGGCUGGUCUCCGGUGUUCCAAGUCUUCAGGUGGUCCUGAAUUCAAUUUUGAGGGCGAUGAUACCACUUUUGCACAUCGCUUUAUUAGUUCUUUUCGUCAUCAUCAUUUACGCCAUCAUCGGCCUCGAGCUGUUCUCCGGGAAGAUGCACAAAACUUGCAGGCACAAUAUAACUGACGAGAUAAUGGACGAACCCGUACCUUGCGGCCCGGGGGGCUUUCAAUGCUCUCAGAUCGGGCCCGAGUACUACUGCAGCAAGCAGUUCUGGGAAGGUCCCAAUUAUGGCAUCACGAAUUUCGACAAUUUCGGGCUGGCCAUGCUCACGGUCUUCCAAUGCGUCACCCUCGAAGGCUGGACGGACGUGCUUUACAAUAUCGAGGAUGCGAUGGGGAGCUCGUGGCAGUGGAUAUACUUCAUUUCGAUGGUCAUCCUCGGGGCUUUCUUCGUGAUGAAUCUAAUUCUCGGUGUGUUGUCCGGUGAGUUCUCCAAGGAGAGAGAGAAGGCAAAGGCGCGAGGCGACUUUCACAAGCUCAGGGAGAAACAGCAGAUCGAGGACGAUCUUAGGGGCUAUCUCGACUGGAUAACGCAGGCGGAGGACAUCGAGCCGGAGACCGACGAGCCGAAGAUGCAGGACGGAAAAUCCAAGCAACAAAACGAAAUGGAGAGCACAGACCAGUUGGAGGGCGAUGAGGAGGGUAUCCAACAAGAGUCCAUAUGGAAGAAGAAAAAGAGAGAUUUGGAUAGAGUGAACAGACGGAUGAGGCGAGCCUGCAGGAAAGCCGUGAAGUCUCAGGUCUUCUAUUGGCUCAUCAUAGUUCUGGUUUUCUUGAAUACCGGCGUUCUCGCCACGGAGCACUACGAUCAGCCGCACUGGUUGGACGACUUUCAAGAUAUCACGAAUAAGUUUUUCAUCGUGCUGUUCUCCAUGGAGAUGAUGCUGAAGAUGUACAGUUUAGGCUUUCAGGGUUACUUCGUCUCGCUGUUCAAUCGCUUCGAUUGCUUCGUCGUGAUCGGCUCGAUCAGCGAGAUGAUCUUUACAAAUACACAUGUGAUGCCGCCUCUUGGCGUUUCCGUACUCCGUUGCGUCCGGCUGCUCAGGGUAUUCAAAGUAACAAAAUAUUGGAGAUCACUGUCGAAUCUGGUGGCCUCCUUACUGAACUCGAUACAAUCGAUCGCCUCCCUGUUGCUCCUACUUUUCCUUUUCAUCGUCAUCUUCGCUCUUCUGGGCAUGCAGGUCUUCGGUGGAAAGUUCAAUUUCAGCGAUACGGAGGAGAAGACGCGUCACAACUUUGACAGCUUUUGGCAAAGCUUGCUCACCGUGUUUCAGAUACUGACCGGCGAGGACUGGAACGCCGUGAUGUACGUCGGGAUUCGAGCUUACGGUGGCGUCGCCAGCAUCGGUGUGCUCGCCUGCGUUUACUUCAUCAUCCUCUUUAUAUGCGGCAACUAUAUCCUCUUGAACGUGUUCUUGGCUAUCGCCGUCGACAAUCUCGCCGAUGCCGAGUCCCUGACUGCCAUCGAGAAGGAGGCCGAGGAGGAGGCCGAGAAAAAUAAAUCUCACAGCGGUUCGCCGGCGCGGGACGAAGUCAGUGGUGAAGUCGGCGAUGACGGCGGCGAGGGAACCGGAGGAGAAGACGAGGGCGCCGGUACUGAUCUCGAACACGAUCCUAAUGAGACAAUGGAUGAUUACGAGGUUGCACUAGAUACCGAAACAUCGGAGAAAAGCGAGGAUAUGAAUACGCAUACGAAAGUGCGGCUCAACAUUGAGUCCGACGAAGAAGAGGUGGAAGAAGAGGAAGAGGAGGAAGUCGAACAGGAGGAAAUGCAAGAAGACGGACAAGAAGUGUCGGCCAGACCGCGAAGAAUGUCUGAAUACAAUACGGCCACUAAAAAGGAACCGAUACCGGCAGGUUCGGCGUUCUUCAUCUUUUCGAGCACUAAUAGGUUUCGCGUGUUCUGCCAUUGGUUCUGCAAUCACAGUUACUUCAGCAACGUGAUACUGAUCUGCAUUAUGAUCUCGUCUGCUAUGUUGGCCGCUGAAGAUCCCUUGAAAGCCUCGUCAUAUAGAAAUGUGAUACUCGGCUACUUCGACUACUUCUUCACCGCCGUCUUCACGAUCGAAAUCUGCCUUAAGAUGAUCUCAUACGGCUUUAUCAUCCAUGACGGUGCGUUCUGCCGAUCGGCUUUCAACUUGCUCGAUCUUCUGGUCGUGUGCGCCUCUCUUGUCUCCAUGACUUUCACUUCUGGCGCAUUCUCCGUGGUCAAAGUUCUCCGAGUACUUCGCGUCCUGAGGCCGCUACGCGCGAUCAAUCGCGCCAAGGGACUGAAGCACGUAGUACAGUGCGUCAUCGUAGCGGUAAAGACUAUCGGAAACAUAGUCCUCGUCACCAGCCUCCUGCAGUUCGUGUUCGCCGUCAUUGGCGUACAGCUCUUCAAGGGCAAGUUUUUCUUUUGUACCGACCUAUCGAAAAUGACGAAGAACGACUGCCAUGGCACCUACUUGGAAUUCGAAAACGGUAAUAUGAAUAAACCGAUCGUGAAGGAAAGAAUGUGGAAUCAGUAUCGUUUUCACUUCGAUGACGUUGCCAAGGCGAUGCUCACCCUCUUCACGGUCUCGACUUUCGAAGGUUGGCCAUCACUGUUAGAUUGGUCGAUCGACUCCAAUCAAGAGAAUCAUGGACCAAUUCAUAACUUUCGGCCGAUCGUGGCCGCCUACUACAUCAUCUACAUCAUCAUUAUCGCAUUCUUCAUGGUGAACAUCUUCGUCGGUUUCGUUAUUGUCACCUUCCAGAACGAGGGCGAGCAAGAGUACAAAAAUUGCGAGCUCGAUAAGAAUCAGAGGAAUUGCAUCGAGUUCGCGCUAAAGGCUAAGCCAGUGCGGCGAUACAUACCGAAGCAUCGAAUACAGUACAAAGUCUGGUGGUUCGUCACCUCUCAACCCUUCGAGUACACGAUAUUCACGCUAAUUAUGAUCAACACCGUGACGCUCGCGAUGAAGUUUUAUCGGCAACCGCAGAUGUACACAGAGGCCCUAGAUGUUCUCAAUAUGAUCUUCACCGCAGUAUUCGCCAUGGAGUUUGUGUUCAAGCUGGCUGCAUUUCGAUUUAAGAAUUACUUCGGCGAUGCGUGGAACGUCUUCGAUUUUAUUAUCGUGCUCGGCAGUUUCAUCGAUAUCGUCUAUUCGGAGCUCAACCCUGGAUCCUCCAUCAUUUCGAUCAACUUCUUCAGGCUAUUUCGCGUAAUGCGGUUAGUCAAGCUACUGAGUAGAGGAGAAGGCAUCCGUACACUGUUGUGGACGUUCAUUAAAUCCUUUCAGGCUCUGCCCUACGUCGCUCUUCUUAUCAUAAUGCUGUUCUUUAUUUACGCUGUGAUAGGCAUGCAGGUCUUCGGAAAAAUCGCGAUAAACGAUGAAACGUCGAUAAACCGCAACAAUAAUUUCCAAUCCUUCCCACAAGCCGUAUUAGUUCUAUUUCGAUCGGCGACAGGCGAGUCUUGGCAAGAAAUUAUGAUGGAUUGCUCGGCGGCGCCGACCAAAGUUAAGUGCGAUCCAAACAGCGACGAAUUCGACAAUCCAAACGGCUGCGGAUCGGACAUUGCAUUUCCCUACUUCAUAUCUUUCUACGUGCUCUGUUCAUUUCUCAUCAUCAAUCUCUUCGUCGCCGUUAUCAUGGACAACUUUGACUACUUAACGAGAGACUGGUCGAUCCUCGGGCCGCACCAUCUGGACGAAUUUAUUCGCCUAUGGUCCGAGUACGAUCCUGACGCGAAAGGACGUAUUAAGCAUCUCGACGUGGUAACGUUGCUGAGGAAGAUAUCACCGCCUUUAGGUUUCGGGAAGCUGUGUCCUCAUAGAGUAGCUUGUAAGAGACUCGUCUCGAUGAACAUGCCAUUGAACAGCGACGGCACCGUUCUGUUCAACGCGACGUUGUUUGCCGUCGUGAGGACGUCAUUGAAGAUCAAGACAGAAGGCAACAUCGACGACGCGAACGCCGAGCUCAGGGCGGUAAUCAAGAAGAUCUGGAAGAGGACUAGUCCGAAGCUCCUGGAUCAGGUCGUUCCGCCGCCAGGAGUGGAAGACGAGGUGACAGUCGGCAAGUUUUACGCAACCUUCCUCAUCCAGGAUUACUUCCGGCGAUUCAAGAAACGCAAGGAACAGGAAAUGAAAGACGGCGACAAGGAUUGUCACAACACCGUGACUCUCCAGGCCGGGUUGAGAACAUUACACGAAGCUGGUCCCGAGUUGAAACGCGCAAUUUCCGGUAAUUUAGAAGAACUCCUCGAUGACAAUCCGGAGCCUAUGCAUAGGAGAAAUCACUCGCUCUUUGGUAGCGUGUGGUCCAGCAUGCGCAAAGGACAUCACAGCUUUCACAGGGCAAGAUCGUUGAAAGUGAACUCCACCACUGCGAAGGCUUCCCCGACCAAUUCCAUAGACUUUUUACCGUAUUCCUCGUUGCAACGGACUGGUGGCCCGGAUGCUGCCAAUCAAAUCACUGCGAGAUCUCAUCAAGUUGUGCCAAAUGUAGCGGGUGGUCUGAGCGACGGCGCGAUGAAUCAAAUGGGAAUGGAUCCACGAUUGACGAGCAUGGAGGAGAACAUACCCCUGAGACCGCUCGCUGUCUUCGGCAACCCUGCGCAACAGACGCCUUAUCAGAGCACGUACAAAGUGGUCGAUCUUCAGGACGGAAUCGAGCGGCAGUUGACGCCACCCACGCCUCCGCCGCGACGGAAUCCACCCUCCUCGUCCACCGUUCCGAGCACCGGCACCGCGCACACCCCCGCUGCUGCGGCGGCAGCAGCAGCAGCAGCAGCAGCAGCAGCAACAGCAGCAGCAGCAGCGGCAUCGGCAACCGCAGCAGCAGCAGCGGCAGCGACGGCAACGGCAACAGGCACGACGGGCGCGCCGGGCGUCGCGGCGACGAUCGUCGCGUGCACCACGAGCACGAACACCUCGACCUCCGCGACGAGCCCGAGCCCUGCUUCCUCGUCCAACGGGACGAACUGUUACUAUACCUACGCGACGCGGGGCUGCUGCGCCGAUUGCGCAGCCUGGAGCAAUCACGCCGUAGACGACUGUGACGACGAGGACACGACCACGGGAAGCGUGUCGAGCGAUUCUGGCAGGUGGAACCAUUCGGAGGGUGCCGUGGUGCGCGGCACGUCAGGGAGGCCCCACGUCACCGUGCUAGCCCGGCCGUCGAAGCGUCGGGGUCGCCGCGACGCCGCGACCGCCGGCGGCAAAUCAGCCCCGGCGAGCUUCCGGUCGCGCGACGACACCGACGCCGCCACGUCGGGUGGUGGUGGUGGUGAUGGUCAGUCGGGGUCAGCGGCCGCGACGAGCCCCGGCGCCCGCACCGUCGCCAACGGCCUGAAAAUGGCGCAGACCCAGGCGAUCGCCGUGGCCGGUUUCCUCGCCGACGUCGACUCGCGGCAAUGGCGCGUCUACGCUUCCUGUUUCUCGCACCGAGCGUCCUACCACGGCAGAGAGCGCCUGUCCCACAGCCUGCCCGGGAGUCCCGCGGACCGAAAGCCGAAUUUCGAGGUCAUCGGAAGUGCGGAGAGUCUCGUCGGUCGGGUUCUGGCGGAGCAAGGCCUCGGCAAGUACUGCGACCCGGACUUCGUGCGGUAUACGUCGCGCGAGAUGCAGGAGGCGCUGGACAUGACGCGGGAGGAGAUGGAUCGGGCGGCGCAUCAGCUGUUGCUGCAGGAGCGACGCGGUCAGCCGCUGUCCUACCAACUUCAACAGGGUGUGGAGCAGCCGUGGAGCCAGCACACGACCGGCAUCAACUACCAGCCGUUGCAGGAACAGUCGUCGGCGGGCGGCGGCCAGCUGUCCGUCUACCCUCCGCAGGGAGGUUACCAUCAGCUUCGCAGCAGCAGCAGCAGCAGCAAUCGGCAGCAGCAGCAGCGACAGCUGCCGUCCUAGCAGGACGAGAAGUCGCAGUCGAGGCGAAAAUCAUCCACGUAACCCGAAAGCACUCCUCCUCCCCCUCCUCUUCCUCCACCGUUUCCGUAAACGCAUCCACGGAUUAAUCGCCGAAGGAUCAAGAUCGUCGUCGCGAAGAUCGGCGAACCGCGAUGAGCGGUCACAGGAAAUAACGCGAUGUCACCACCAGGACUCCAGCGGACCCGAGCCGGUCGCGCGAAUUCGACGGAACCAGAUCGCGAGCCUCGACCGUCGCAGUUGCUCGGAAAGUUCGAGGACACUUUGAAUCGUUUUGAACUGCUGUCAGGCUGCGGAUGAAGCACAGAUGCUACCGAAGAAGAGAACAUCGGCUCGCUGGGCUUGGGCGAACGGAAAAGCGCGGGAAACUCGCGAUGACGAGCUCGGGGACGGCGUCGUCCUCGUUUUGCGACACGAUCUGGCUUGCGCACGUCCGGAUGUCGCUCAACGAGUAUUUUCUAAUCGAUUUUGCGCGCGUCUCAUGAGCGUUCGUCUCGACACUUCGGGCCGCGUCUGAUGAUACCGAGUCUGAGGUCGACUUGAUGUUGAAAUCAGCGUAGGUGUGAGUCUCCAACCGGACGGAGUUCCGAAGAAAUUCUGCUCGUUCGGCUACGAGGACAUACACUUUGUAAGAUGUAUUUUCACCGCGACGAGAGAGGAGAUCGUCGUCGUCGUCGUCGUUGUUGUCAUCGUCGUCGUCGUCAUCACUGUCUUUCGACGUCGGGCUAUCGCGAGAACGAAAAACAAUUUGACGGAGCACCCCAGGCUCUCGAAAUGGAAUUGAGUUUAUUUCUUUGAGAACACUUUAGAGAUACCAUUGUCUUCGUUUAAUAUCGAUCUCCGUUUUCAGAUCGGCUCGUCUUGGCAGGGACGAUACGACAGACGCCGCGUGUAUUCUCCGGAAACGAACGAAUCGAAAUGAGAGAUUAGGAUUCGCCCUGUUAAACUGUAAAAGGUCGUUUAAGUCUUGCGAUCGUAGCACUGCUCCGUGAAUUGAUCAUGUACCUAUUUCCUUUGCGUGAAACUUGUGAAAAAUGAAAAGUUUCAUUGACAAGUUCAAUAAAACUCUUCAUUUUCCAUGAGGUUACGCGAAGAAGAAAGAGAGAGAGAGAGAAGUAGGUACAUACGAUUGAUUUAGACGAGUGUUAUGACCUUAAUAAAUAUAACUGCGACAUUGUAAUCGACCCGUAAAGUCUGCAUCCUUAUCUCGACUAUUGGCUUUUACAUGCUUAAGGUCUGCUACAUAUUACUUAUUUAUUCGUAUCCAAUUCAAUUUUAAUGAAGAAGAGGGUAAUGAAGAAAACAUUAAGCCCUUUUCAAAGUUAACACGUUAACUGCCAUGGAGGUUACCGGUGACCGGCGCUGUUCUAUAACUGCGUCUAAAAUUUGCAUAUAAGACGUAAUAAAAGAAAGUUCUGUACAAUUUAAUAAGAACAGAGAUAUAGCCAAAUGAAACGACUUAAUGCCUUAAAGACAGGGUUGGAUAGUAACUAGUUAAAAAGUUAAAAGUUAAGUUAAAAAGUUAAAUAGCUUUAACUUAACUUAGUUACAUUUUUAUACUCUUAACUUUUAACUUAACUUAGUUACAUUUUAUCGGUAACUAUUAACUUUUAAUUCGAUUAUCUUGAAGUUCACCAUGCCAUAAAAGUGUCGCGAGACAUCGAAAGACUGUUCAGUAUAGGAGAACUCAUUCUCAAUCUUCCAGGAAAAAUGUCCGAUAAAAAUUUCGAAAAAAAUUUAUUACUUAAAUUUAAUAAGUAUCUGUAAAUGAAACAUGUUUCCAAAUAAGGUCUAUAUUUGUUUUUUCCGUUAUUUGUAAAACUGAAACCCUGAAGUCAUGAAAUGAAACA